AUGCGCUGCUGUCCUCCCGGUGCAAGUGCUGCUGGAGUGAUGGUGUGGAUGACAGAGCAGCGGGUCCCGAGCAGACGACAGAGGCAAGUGCAGAGCCGAAGAUGGGGCCAAUUCCGGAGUCUUCUACUGGGACAAGUCCCGUUUCGACCACGGGACUACUGGGAGGAGUCCGUUCCUACGACGGGACGAUGGGGACGGGACCCAUCCCGACGAAGGGACGACGGGUACUGGUUCCGUCUCAACCACGGGACGUCGAGGUCUGGUCAGGUCCCGACCACAGGACGACCGGAACGACGGGGAGAAGGGGACCGGUUCCAUUACGAGGACGAGACGACAGGGAUCAUUCCCGUUCCGACCAUUCCGGAUCCCAUGUCUGCGGAGAGUCUGCAGCAGACCGAGCGGCGGCCGUGGCCGGAGCCGACGACGUGUGCGAGUGUGCAGCCCACGACGGCUCCGAGUCCGGAGCCGGCAACGGGUUCGAGUACGGACCCGAGGACGGAGGUCCAGUCUGCAGAGGACGUCGUGUCCGAGUCCGGAAUGCAUUCCUUGCCUAAUACUCUGCAUUUAGUGUGGCUGCUGCUAACCGGUGUCCCACAGCAGAGCGCCUUAGAGAGCUCCAGGAGACUUUCAGCGUUUGAAAGUGGGUUCCGUGACAAGAUGAUCCUUGCCUAA